GCAAUAAACAGUAUUAAAAAGAAAUGGAUCUCAAGCAAACGGAGAGUUAUUUUCGCGGCUACGUUUUUCUUCCAUGCUGCAACGAAGAGCAUUCGUAUUUUCAUGGGUAUCAACCCAGUUAUUACCCCUCGCAAGUUUCAAAAUGUGACGCCAUUUUACAAACAAGAAGAGGUCAUCAAGUUUCUCAUACAUCCCGGUUUACGCCACACAGUGGUGAAUAUCGGUUGUUAUUGCCCGCCACUCAGAGGGAUGCACGACCACAGCCAAAUGAAAUUUUCCAACAUAAACUCAGCAUAGGAAAUUUGCCUGAGAAGGCAUUAUCAAGAGAUUUUCGCGAACACCGAGGUUUGAAAACGGAGGCUGGAUACAAAAGGAAGCGAAACCGCACAAUCUUCACCACAGACCAGUUGCAGCGGCUUGAAAAUGAGUUCGAUCGUCAACAGUAUGUAGUUGGUACUCAAAGAUUUUACCUUGCUGCUGACUUGGGGCUGAACGAAACACAGGUUAAAGUCUGGUUCCAGAAUCGCAGAAUUAAGUGGAGAAAAGAGAAUUUAAGUCAUCUGGGAAACUCAAAAAGUAACUGUGAAGCAGAAAACUUACAUUUGUAGAAAGAAACAAUGUCUUGUGUAAUUUUAAAAAUAGCUUGCGUUGUUUUCAAGAAAAAUGUAGAGAGCAAAUCAAAUUUUUAUAAUAAGGCUAGAAACCAGUAGCGAAGUAAUCCUAAUCAAAGAUGUUAUAUGGAGAUCUGUCGUUGUUUCCUGCAGCUUUCAAUAAUUCCAGUGAAUCUUAUUUCGAUAAAAUUCCAACUCCCUAUCCUUUCUUUUCAAACGUCGCGUCUAAUUGAAUAUUUGACCCUAUCACUCUCGGAAGA